GUCCUCAGAUGCUCAGAGAGACGGAGACUCUGCUGCUCCUUCAUCCUCCUCCUCCUCCGCUUCCUCCGCUCCCACUGACCCGCGGCCUUCAUCACCUCCGCCACCAUCAUCAUCCUCGGCAGGAGCCCUGACCCUCGCCCCGCCGGGUCGCCAUGGCAACGGUCAUCUGCACUCGAUUCACCGAAGAGUAUCAGCUGUACGAGGAGCUGGGCAAGGGAGCGUUCUCCGUGGUGCGGCGCUGCGUAAAGGUUCUGUCGGGUCAGGAGUACGCCGCUAAGAUCAUCAACACCAAGAAGCUCUCUGCUAGAGAUCAUCAGAAGUUGGACCGUGAAGCUCGAAUCUGUCGACUACUGAAACACCCCAACAUCGUUCGACUACAUGACAGUAUUUCAGAGGAGGCACAUCAUUACCUCAUCUUUGACCUGGUAACGGGUGGAGAGUUAUUCGAAGAUAUUGUAGCCAGAGAAUAUUACAGUGAAGCUGAUGCCAGCCACUGUAUCCAGCAGAUUUUGGAGGCGGUGCUACAUUGUCAUCAGAUGGGCGUGGUGCACCGAGACCUGAAGCCAGAGAACCUGCUUUUGGCUUCCAAGUCGAAAGGAGCGGCGGUGAAACUGGCUGAUUUUGGCCUGGCCAUCGAGGUGGAGGGAGACCAGCAGGCCUGGUUCGGUUUUGCAGGGACUCCUGGGUACCUUUCUCCGGAGGUUCUGAGGAAGGAUCCGUAUGGGAAGGCAGUGGACCUCUGGGCCUGUGGUGUGAUCCUUUACAUCCUAUUGGUCGGUUAUCCUCCAUUCUGGGAUGAAGAUCAGCAUCGUCUCUACCAGCAGAUCAAAGCUGGAGCCUACGACUUUCCUUCUCCAGAGUGGGACACAGUGACUCCUGAAGCCAAAGAUCUCAUUAAUAAGAUGUUGACCAUCAAUCCAGCUAAAAGGAUCACAGCAGCCGAAGCACUAAAACACCCCUGGAUCUCUGUAGGUCACCUGAUAAUGAUGAUGAUGGUGAUGAUGGUGGUGGUGAUGGUGGUGGUGAUGAUGGUGGUGGUGAUGGUUAUGGUGGUGGUGAUGGUGGUGGUGAUGGUGAUGGUGGUGAUGGUGAUGAUGAUGGUGGUGAUGGUGAUGGUGGUGGUGAUGGUGAUGGUGAUGGUAGUGGUGGUGGUGGUGAUGGUGAUGGUGGUGGUGAUGGUGAUGGUGAUGGUGGUGAUGGUGAUGAUGAUGGUGGUGAUGGUGAUGAUGAUGAUGAUGAUGAUGAUGAUGAUGAUGUGAUGAUGGUGAUGAUGA